AUGCCCAGUUGCGAAGACGAAGUGCUGGCGAUUGGAAGAAAGCUGGACAAGAUCAUCGAUGGUACAAAGCCAGGAGACAAUGCAGCUGAUCUUCUCGAAGUUCUGUCGAAACUUCCAAUCACCAUUGAUGUCCUAACGAAAACUCGAAUUGGAAUGACUAUCAACGAUUUGCGCAAGAAAACGUCAGAUGAAAAGCUGGCGAAGAAAGCAAAAAAUCUCAUCAAAGAGUGGAAAAAUUUAGCACCUAAAAACGAGCCAUCGUCAUCGAGCUCAACUAAAAACAAUGGCACAGUUUCGAACCAACAAGCUUCGAGAGUUACCCCACCUGCGUCUCAAUCACCUGCUCCAGUCCCAAGCCAAUAUCAUUCGUCCAAUUUUCCUCCUAAGCAUUUGGAGAAUGACGAGGUUAGGUUGAAAUCAGCGCAGAUGAUUUUGAAUGCUCUCAGAUACGCAGAGCUUCCAGUCGGUACUCUCGAUCCUGAGGAGAUCGCUGUCAAAGUGGAGGAGAAGUUGUUCACCGUGCACAAGGGUACUGGAGACAAAUACAAAGCCGCUCUCCGCAGUCGUGUGUUCAAUCUGAGAGACAAGAAGAAUCCAGCACUCAGGUCAGUUUGA